GGAACGGGAGCCGGAAGUGAAGGCGGCGCGGCGUCCUUCCCUGUCCCUAUGGUCCAUUGUGAAGGCCCGCAGGGAGGUGGCCUCCUCGCGAGUUUACCUCCAGAAGAGGAGCUGGGCCAGCGGAGAGAGAAGAGUUCAGGGUGCAAUGCAAGAAAGGACCUGGUGACGUUUGAGGAGGUGGCUGUGCAUUUCACCCAGGAGGAAUGGGCUCUGCUGGAUCCUGGCCAAAGAGCUCUGCACAGGGAGGUCAUGGAGGAGAAUUAUGAGACGGUGACUUCUCUGGAAUCAGAUGUUAGCUCCUGCUGGGAAGAAGGAGAGGACCCGUUUCCCCAGGAUCCGAAAGAAGAAGAGACAUCAGCAGAAAUCCCCAAACCGGACUUGAUGUCUUGGCUGAAAGAAGAAGACCCGAUUAGGUGGGGCUCAGAGGAAGUGACAAGAUGGGCAGAGACCCAGAAAGGCCAGAAUAUCGACUGCAAGGUUGUCGGAGAGGAGGGCACUGCCCAAGACGUGCUUCUGGCGAGACCGUCGACCUCCGCCAAACCGCUGCCGUGGCUCGGCUUUGAGUGCGCCUUUUGUUUUGUGUCGCAGAAGGGCAAAAAUGUGACAGUGCAGUGCAAGUUCUGCUUGCCGAAAGUGAAAACGGUGAGCGCCGCCACAACCUCCACGUCCAACUUGAAACGGCAUCUGCAGAAGCAGCACCCAGAGCAGCUCAGAGUCCUUGAGGCUGCGAAACGGAAGAAUACAAAGAAGCACGACUUCUCCGAGGUGGAAGACGCAAGCGGCUUGAGACCUCCCAAGAUGCCGGCAACCCUGGAGAGAUGGGGGUCCAGCAGGGAGCCUGUCAGCCAGAAACUGCUGGAUAAGAAACUGCUGGAUUUCAUUGUGGAGGAGACGGUGCCCCUGCAGCUGGUGGACAAGCCCUCAUUCAUCGAGUUUGCUCGCCUGGGCCUCGGCAAGGAGCUGUCCAUCAUGUCCUCCAAGACUCUGAAAGAGAGGCUGGAAAAGAAGGCGUACCACAUGCGGGAGGAGGCGGCCAUGAAAAUGACACGGGUGCAGCAUGUGGCUACCACUGCGGACUGCUGGACGCAUGGAAGGAAGACCUACCUCGGGGUUACGGCCCACUGGAUCAACCCGGAGAGCCUAACUCGGGAGUGUUGCGCCCUGGCCUGCCGACGCCUGAAAGGACACCACGCCUACGACCUCGCCACGACUCUGCACAACAUCCACGUGGAGUACAAAAUCCACCACAAAGUGGUCUGCACCACCACGGACAACGGCUGUAACCUGGUCAAAGCCUUCAGAGCUUUCUACACAGACAAGGAGGCGGUGGAUGUCAUGGACCAAGCAGACGAAGGAGACAACGACCAGCAGGAAGUGGAGUUUGUGGAUGUCUGUAACAUUCUGGACACAGGUGAAUACAGGGCCACUGAAGAAGAAAUGUGCUUGCCCCCACACCAAAGGUGCGCAAGCUACACGCUGAACUUGGUGGCCACCCAAGACAUCGAGAGAGUCCUCAACUCUAAGAAUUCUCCUCUGGGCGGUUUCAAGAAACACUUUUGCUCCUUGCUGGGGAAGUGUUCUAAGCUGUGGUCCAAACAAAAGCAAUCGGCGAUUACUGCAGAGUACAUCAAAGACCAGUGCGGUGUCUUGCUCAGGGUCCCCAGUAAGACCAGAUGGAGUACCACCUACGAUGCUCUGAAGCAGAUAAGGGAUCUAUUGUCCACUGCACCGCAGAAGAUGGAUUCUAUCCUGGACUUCUGUUCCUUGCAGAGGAUCACAGCUCCCGAGGCCCAGGUUGUCCAAGAAUAUUGCGAGAUCCUCGCUCCUGUGGCCCAGGCCCUUGAUAUCCUUCAAAAGGAAAACGGCAUGUUUAUGGGUUAUCUGCUCCCGACUCUCUAUGCUCUGGACCAUAAGUUGGAGGUGCUGGAGAAGAAGCCUGCAAAUUGCACCUACUGCCGUCCUCUGGUGAAGAUUGUGCGGGAAGGGAUAAGGAGAAGGUUUGAGCCGAUUUGGAAGGAGAGGAAGCUGUUGGUGGCUGCCUGCUUGCACCCGCGGUUCAAGGUGGACUGGUUGGAUCUGUGCAACACUGAGAUCGGCAAAAGUACCAUGGAAGCUUUGCUGAGAGCCGAGAUUCAGAGGGUGGUCACCGAGCAGGUCAAGAGCUCUUCGGAGAGGGAGUGCGCCGCCGAUUGCGACGACGAGUUUUUCGGCAUACAGUCCCGAAGCAAGAAGUCAGCAUCGGACUCUGCCGAAGAGGAGGUCUCGAGGUACCUAAAGUUCCCCAACAGCGAGCUGUCUUCGCUGCAUGCCUUCCCCCAGAUUUUGAAAAGUUUCCUUGCCUACAACACGGGCCUGCCUUCCAGCGCCGCUGCUGAGCGCCUCUUUGGUGCAGGGGGGAACGUAAUGACCGUGAAAAGACAUUCUCUGGCGGACGACAUGUUUGAGCACCUCGUGCUUCUAAAGCAGAACAAAGGUGUGGUUUGAGGAUCUCGCUUGUGUCUAUGGAGAUGGCACCGGAUACCAGUUGAAUUUUCAGGUGCUGCCAAGGGGGCCUCGCCAUUGUGCUGGAGGGGGGUGUGGUGAAAGAGGAUUGGUGUUUCAUUUGGGGUGGGGUUGCCCCAGGGCUUUUUCCCCCGGCUGGGAAAACUCAAUUCCAGCACCUCUCAGGUGGGCACUAUUGUCAUUACAGCUGUACCUUGGAAGUCGAACAGAAUUCAUUCUGGAAGUCCGUUCGACUUGCAAAAUGUUUGAAAACUAAAGCGUGGUUUCUGAUUGGCUGCAGGAAGCUCCCCUCAGCCAAUCGGAAGCCGCAGAAGCCCCGUCAGACAUUCAGUUUCCAAAAAUAGUUUGCAAACUGGAACACUCACUUCUGGGUUUGCAGCAUUCGGGAGCCAAAAUGUUCAGGAACUAAGCUGUUUGAAAACCAAGGCACGAUUGUAUAAUGCAAUUCUAGCCCUGUUCUCAGUCGGAACAGGUAGCGAUCCCAGAGUCCAGUGCAAAGACCUGUUAGCAAUGUUACCAGCUGCCAUUGAUGGCACCAGAAGUGAGUCUCUUUGCCCACAAAGGGUGGGUAGUGCAGUAAAAUUUGGGGCACAGCUUUAUGUGAACAUUUGACCCAGCACAGAAAAGGUGUUGAAGGUAAAGUGACUCUGGAUAAAUUGUUUCCGUUCAUUAGUUUUGUUAAUAGCAAUACCGGUUCUCCCAGAUCUCCAGUCACCCUUCUGGCAAUGCGGAACGGCUAGCUCCACUGAAUGGAAGGACGCCAGUCAAACUCAACUUUUU